GUAUUGUUCACAUAAUAUUUACUAUACCCUUCGAGCUAACAAACAUUAGAAGGUUAUGACUGAUAUAGAUUUUCAAAAACAAAGUUUCAAAUCUCAUUUUUUAAGCACUAAACCCUAACAUAAAACUAGUUUAUUUUUAUGAUAGAUCACAUCGAUCCUUUUCAUUUUUGUUGAAUCUUUCAUUACGUUGAAGAAAAUAAUGUUUCGUGUUGGCUCAUAUACAGUAUUCUAUGUCGCCAUAUGGUUAACUUUUUUCAAUGUAUUGAAUCCAUUCCUAGUUUGAUGCUAAAGGCUUUGUUCUUAGCUAGAAAAUGAUAACUCGGACACGUACUACACGUCUUUUAAUUUGUGUGUUGUUUGAUUUAGGGAAGAUCAUAAAUGUGUGGCUUGAAUGAGGCCUAAGGCUUGUUGUCUUUGUUUCUUAGUCCUCCACCUUUAUAAUGCUACAUACCAUUCCAAGAGGAACAAAUCCAACUCUUGAGGGAUCUAUCUCAAUGGGGUUUGUACACCUACCAUCACAAACUCUGGACAUGGACAUGGAACCCAUCCCAAAAACAAAGUUUGAUGAGAGGGAGGAUGCGAUUUGGGAUUCAUACAGCUCUUGGAUUAUGGAGCACCCUUCUGCAUUGGAUGAAUUUGAGCAGAUGAUGAGUGCAAUACAGAAUAAGAAAAUUGUUGUGUUUCUCGAUUAUGAUGGGACUCUCUCAGACAUUGUAGAGGAUCCUGACAAGGCUUUCAUGACUGAAACGAUGCGAUCAGCGGUUCGUGAAGUGGCUGAAUGUUACCCUACCGCCAUCAUCAGUGGAAGGCGUCGGGAGAAGGUUCAGGACUUUGUCAAAUUGGACGAUAUUUACUAUGCAGGAAGCCAUGGAAUGGACAUCAUCUCUCCAGUAUGCUCGAAUAGGUUUGGAGGUCAAGAACACCAUCGCAGGGUUGUCGAUGAAAAGGGCAAUGAGAUUGUCCUCUUCCAACCUGCUGCAGACUUCUUACCUAAAGUUGAAGGGAUUUUCAGGCUGCUGACUACACGAACCAAGAACAUAAAAGGCUCGAGGGUUGAGGACAACAAGUUCUGCGUGUCGGUUCAUUUCCGAUGCGUCCAUCAAAAGGUAAUUAGACCGGACACCAACGCCCUUAAAGAAGUGGUAGAAUCUGUGCUGGAAGAUUAUCCAGAUUUUCGGGUUACUAGGGGGAAAAAGGUCCUUGAGGUUCGCCCUCUUAUAGAAUGGGACAAGGGUCAUGCCCUUGAGUAUCUUCUCGAUACGCUUGGUUUUGAUAGCUCAGAUGUUGUCCCUAUAUACUUAGGGGAUGACCGUACUGAUGAAGAUGCAUUUAAGAUGAUAACAACUCGAGGAGAGGGGUACCCGAUUAUUGUUUCGUCCGUCCCCAAAGAGACAAAGGCUUCCCACUCGCUGCGCGACACCAAGGAGGUGAUGCAGUUCCUUCAAAAUCUUGCAAGGUGGAGCACCAACUCUUCGCUGGGAAAUUCAUGAGUUUCAACUUAGUCCAGAAAGGAUAUAGGUUAGAGCUGCCUGUAGGGCUGGUGGACAUGAGCUAAUACAGAAGUAGUUCAGUAAUUUUAACCUUCUCUUUUUCAGAACUUUGGGGAAGUAGGGGACAUUGUCCCUCCAUGUUCUAAUGGUGACACAUUUUUUUCUGUGGUCACUAGUAGACUGAAACUUUGGGGAACUUGGGAGAUGAAAACUGAACAAAAACUUUAACUUUAGACUUUUGAGUAUUUACAGAAUCAUGAAAAGGAAAGAAAGAAUAGAGAAAAUGGGGGAGAGGGAAAGGUACAGGGCCUUUUGUUUUUUGAGGGGUGGCCUCCAUUUUUCUCCCCAUACAGGACUUGGUUAUAAUUUCUUCAAGGACUGCUGCUUUGUUUCUGAACUACUAAUUAUUCUGUAUUUUUUUUUUCAUGGGAAUCAUUUUAUUUCUCUGUGAUGUAUGGCUCAUUCGUCUGGAAAAUUGACUUGUUUCUGGGGCCUGAAGUUGUGCUUUCAA